AUGGACUCGGCUUCGGCACGCGAAGUGCUGCUCGCAGACAAAACCGCCCCGGCUAAUUUCGCUGCUACUCGUUGCUCAUUCCGCCGGACGGACCGCUACUAUGGUGAACUGAUCGGCUGCAUUGGGUUUGAAAUGGGCCAGCAGGUUUUUUCUUGGGCGACAGUGCUAGACAAUGCAAGAUGUCAAGAGUCGGCUAACUUGUUGGCCUUCAAAUGGUGUCUUAUGCAGCUGUCCUUACAUAAUGAUCAUCGUGGCAAAGCCCUCACCUGUUGCUUGGACUCCCUCAAUACUGUGUUAUGCGGCCUUGUAGUUAGCUCAGCAGGUCUGGAAGAGGGAUUAAUAAGCCUCAAUUUAACAUUCCCAAUCUCCGUCACCUACAUCCGUCAACCGGGACGUCAUUUUCAUUCGCCGACCAAGAAGCAUCUGUCGUCAAGAAGAUCUUCAAACCAUCGGCUCCCGUCCGUCUCAUUCGUCAACCGAGAUGCAUCUGCCGCCGAGAGGAGGUUCAAACCAUCGGUGACCUUCACUAUCAUUCGCCGGCCGAGAAGCAUCCACCGCCUAAAAGAGUUUCAAACCAUCGACGGCCGGCAGCUUCAAACUAUCGGUGACCGUCAAACUAGAGAGAUUCUGGUGUAUUUCUGGCUUUUUGGUGAUGGUUGUGAGGCCUUUUUGCUCUUGAAUCAGAGCGGUUUGAAAUACGUUAUCCAAUUAAGAGAGGAAAGGUUCGGGAAUGCGAAUCCUAAUGUGGACAACGAGAAGCGCAGGCUGGUUGAGUUAGAAAGAGGUGGGAUUACUGAAAGAUUGGAUGAUUACUUGGGUCGUGAAUGUCUUAUGCCUUUAAAGAACCUAGCAUUUCAUCAUUCAAACAACACAGUAUGA